CUUGGGGAUAUCGCGGCAGAGUUUGAACUAUGUAAAGAGGGGCAGGUUUUGUUUGGUUUCUUACGCCAGCGGUGGCCACUGCGAUGACCCCAUGGCCCCUUUCGCCUAGUUAUUAGUGACCUCUGAAGGGGUUAUUCUAUUACAUUUAGAUAAGAAUAAACUUCUUUUCUUUAUUGGUUUGCUAGCUUUUGUUCGUUAGUGUAAUUUGAAUAGCAACUGUAACCAUGUCUGGAAGAGGAAAAGGUGGUAAAGGACUUGGUAAAGGAGGCGCUAAGCGUCACCGUAAAGUUCUUCGCGAUAACAUUCAGGGAAUCACUAAACCAGCAAUUCGUCGUCUUGCUCGUCGUGGCGGUGUCAAGCGUAUUUCCGGGUUGAUCUAUGAGGAGACCCGCGGUGUGUUGAAGGUGUUUCUGGAGAACGUUAUUCGUGAUGCUGUGACUUACACUGAACACGCUAAAAGAAAGACCGUUACCGCCAUGGAUGUUGUAUAUGCUCUGAAACGACAGGGACGCACUCUGUAUGGUUUCGGAGGUUAAGCGAUUCCUGAACAAAGCCAAACCGCAAUGGCUCUUUUAAGAGCCACCCACCUUUUUCACAAAAAAAAAAAAAAAUCUUAAUGCAGGUUUUUGCAGCUUCAGUCUGU